CCUGCUUUACGGAUCCUUGGGAGCUCCUUGGGAUGCAAUAAGGAGGCUUCCUCCAGCCCCUUCGCUAAGUCCGUGAUCAAGCCGUGAAGUGGAUUUGUGGCAAACCUGGGAAGCAGCUGCAGGGCAGGAGGACUCCGGCCUACGUUGACCGGCUGCUGAGCAUCUAAGAGACAGAGUCAACUUCACAUCAGAAAAAUGGCUGGCAAGAGAAGGGAAAUUCAAGUUCAGUUACCAAUAACUGAUGAAGAAGAGUGGGAGGCAAUGUUAGCAACAAAAGGUGUAUCAGUUUUGGAUGUUUAUCAAGGCUGGUGUGGACCAUGUAAAGCAAUUGUGAGUCUGUUCAAAAGACUGAAAUUGGAUAUAGGAGAUGAGCUUUUGCAUUUUUAUACAGUAGAAGCUAGCCGCCUACCCUUGUUAAAGGGGUUUGAAGGCAAAUGUGAACCUGUCUUCUUAUUUGUAAUGGGUGGUAAGAUUGUGGAUUCUGUGAAAGGGGUGAAUCCACCGCUUCUUAACAAACAAAUCCUGGAGAUGGUGGAGGAAGAAAGGAGGUUCUAUGAAGAAGGAGCUCAAAGAAAGAGAAUUGAAAUAGUUGAACUAUAUGAUAUAGGAGACGAGAUAGAAAAUUUUAUGGAAGGCGUAAUAUCUAAGCAAGUUGAAAAGCUAUUCACUAUCGUGCUUAUAAGACCUACUGCACUAACUGCCGGAAAAGACAACAUGAUCAAAGAACGUAUUAAAGAAACAGGGUACCUAAUUGUGGCUGAAGAAGUGAAAAUACUUUCUUUAUCUGAUGCUAAAGAACUGUAUGAUUUCAAAAAGGAUCAAACUCACUUUAGCGAAUUUAUUGAAAUGAUGACGAGUGAUCCUUGUGAUGCGCUAUUAUUAUCUGAAGGAGGUGAAACAGUGGAAAAGUUCAACAAGGAAGAUUUUUAUCACGAGGAUAUUGAAAUUGCCAAAACAGAUGAAGAAGACAGUGACAUCAGGGAACUAGCCUACAGACUAUUCGCUUUCUUUUUCCCUACUGUUUAUGAAAGUGUAAAGAAAACUGAAAAGACACUAGCCAUCCUCAGACCAAAACUUGUUGAAGAGAAUAAAGAUGCUGUUCUGGAUGAGAUUCAGAAGGCAGGAUUUACCAUAGCAUUCCAAAAACAAUUGCAACUUACAGAAUACCAAAUAACAAAAUUUUAUAGGUUAUCAAAUCAGCAUACUGAGAUGCCUUCAGGAUUCAUAGAAUACAUGGCAAGUGGUCCAUUACUGGCAUUAGCUCUGGUUCGAGAAAAUGCUAUCCAGCAUUGGAGAAACCUAAUGGGAAAUUACGACAUUGAGAUAGCACAAGAACAUAAUCCUACAAGCUUACGAGCAAGAUAUGUAUGUCCGGAUAUUCCAUUCAACCAGAUACACGGUAGUGAAAGCUCUGAAAUUGCAAUGAAGGAACUACGUUAUUUCUUCCCUGUUGAGCACACUCUAAUAGCAAUCAAACCUGAUGCUGUAUUAGAAUACAAAGAAGAGAUUAUAGCCAAAAUCCAGAAAUCAGGCUUCAUUAUUUCUGCAAUGAAAUCAGUUGAGUUGACUCCUGAAAUGGCAGCAGAAUUCUAUAAAGAUCAGAAAGGAAAAGCACAUUUCAAAGAACUGGUGAACUACAUGUCUCGUGGUACAUCGCUGAUGAUGAUUCUAACCAAAGAAAAUGCAGUCAGGGAUUGGAGGGACCUGAUGGGGCCUGCAGACCUUGAAUUGGCAAAGAAGUCUUUUCCUAAUUCUUUUCGAGCUCAGUUUGGUAAAAGCAUUUUACAGAAUGGACUCCAUGGUUCAUCCAGUAUCCAACAUGCUCGGCAACAUAUUCGCUUAAUUUUUGGAGAAGCUGUACUUGAUCAAUUUGGAAUUAUCAUAGACCUGUCUACAACCAUGUCCACCACCGGCUUUCUGCACACGUCUCCUUCCACCCAAACUGUUGAUUCUGCUUCCUCAAGCACAACUAUUUUCAUGCAAGAAAUUGAAAGUAGUGAACCGACACAAAUGGCCCUCAUUGAAGAAUCUGAUGUUGAAGUUUCAGAGGUAGCUGAAUCUUCUAAAGUUGUUCCUGCCACUAUCGCCUCUGAUUCCCAAGCUACAGAUACUUCUACCAAAGUGCCCCAUCCUGACUCUGCAGAUCUACCUGUUUCUGUUAGUGAGCCUGGCUCCCAAGAUGUAGAAUCUCUCAUCAGUGAACCCGUUUCUCAGGAUAUAGAAUCUACCAGUGAGCCUGUUUCCCAAAGUAUAGAAUCUCCUAUCAGUGAGCCUGUUUCUCAAGAUGUAGAAUCUUCUAUUAGUGAGCCUGUUUCCCAAGAUAUGACGGUUCCUAUUCGUGGCCCUGAUGAAUUAGCCUCGCCAGAUGAAUCUUCUGUUGAUGGCUCUGUGCCGUCUGAAUCCCCAGCUGUAGAUGCCUCCAUUCUUGGCCCAGAUUCCAAUAUAUUGGAUGAAUCUGCACCCAUUACCAGCACUGAUCUAGAAUCCUCAGAUGUAGUUCCUCCCGUUAGUACUCCUGUUUCUGCUGAUGUGACUGCUCCUGUUAGUCCUGUGUCUACAGAUUUGACUACUGCUAGCCCUGAGUCUGCAGCUGUGACUACUGCUAGCCCUGAGUCUGCAGCUGUGACUACUGCUAGCCCUGAGUCUGCAGCUGUCACUGCUGCUGCUAGCCCUGAGUCUGCAGCUGUCACUGCUGCUGCUAGCCCUGAAUCCGCAGAAGUGACUGCUCCUGAGACCACAGAAGUGACUGCACCUGAAACCACAGAAGUGACUGCGCCUGAGACUGCAGAAAUGACUGCUCCUGAGACCACAGAAGUGACUGAGCCUGAAACCACAGAAGUGACUGCACCUGAAACCACCGAAGUGACUGCGCCUGAGACUGCAGAAAUGACUGAGCCUGAGACCACCGAAGUGACUGAGCCUGAGACCACAGAAGUGACUGCGCCUGAGACCACAGAAGUGGCUGCGCCUGAAACCACAGAAGUGGCUGCACCUGAGACCACAGAAGUGACUGCACCUGAGACUGCAGAUGUGACCAAUCCUGUUAAUGGCGCUGAUUCUGUUUCCUAAGAUGUACCUUCUGCAGGCAGUGAGACUCAUUCACCAAAGCACAGCAUAAUGUUUAAUUACUGCUAACACUGCCUGAGAUUGAAAUUCCAAAUAUAGCUCCGUCUUUACUGACUUUAAUUACUACUGCCAUCAUCCCCGAUCCCAGCUUUUUGGCAGAGAUAUUGAUCUUUGGUUGCGAUUCCUGUUUGUAAACCUGCAUCUUAAGACAAAGACACCAUCAGCAUCUAACCAAAAUUCUUACUUCUCUGUUGUAGUAUCUGACAUCAUUUAUACUGGCUUUGAUCCUUGGAUUUGAUCUCGGAUCCAAGCUAUUGCACUCUGAAAGAGAUUCUGGUUAUUGAAAAUGCAGUCUUCACACAAAAAUAGCUAUUGAACCUGAAUUAAAUGUAGACAAUAAAACUAUUCCUAACACUACCACAAAAUUGUGAUUUAUGUUAUUGCAAAUAAAUUGGCCCCCUACAGAAUAAAUAAUGUAGAUCUCAUUUGCAGAUUAAUUAUUAUAAAUGUCCUCCUGACGUGA